CAAACUGUCAAAAUUAAAAUGUCAAAUGAUUAGCAAGCAAAAGGUGACUAAAAUAUUUUACCGUACCGAGUUAUAGCGCAUUUUUCGCAAAGAACACAGAUUUAAGUGAUUUUAACAUUGAUAGUACACAAACAAAUCAAUCAAAAUGCUGAUCAAAGUAAAGACGCUGACGGGAAAGGAGAUUGAGAUAGACAUAGAACCUACAGACAAAGUGGAAAGAAUUAAAGAGAGAGUGGAAGAGAAAGAAGGCAUUCCACCCCAACAACAACGUUUGAUAUUUUCUGGAAAACAAAUGAAUGAUGAGAAGACAGCGCAGGACUACAAAGUGCAAGGAGGUUCAGUUCUUCACUUAGUGCUGGCACUACGAGGGGGGCUCUGAUCUGGCUUGUGUUAGGUUCCAUCUUAUAUUUAUAACUACUAAUUUUAUUUUUCAUUUCUUGUAUAAACUGAUUACACAGUACAA